CUCAAUUCAGAGUGAUCAAUAUGGGAGGAAAUGUGGUAGCUUUGAACAGUAUUGCAUAUCCUCAGUUCUUCUUGGGUAUUGACAAUGGCAGAUUGAUGGGAAAGACAUUUGACACCUACUGCCAUUUUUACAUCCAUGAGACACCUGACCACUAUGUUUCCUUGGAGUCCUGUAUGUUGCCAGGACAGCACAUUGGUGUUGAUCAUCAUACCGCUAUGACGCCUCCUGCAAGUACACCCAAGAAUGACCAGGCAUUCUUUGAGGUCAAGUUAUUGGUAUGUAGAUGGCCAGGUCAUGAAACAUCUAAGAUAUAAAAUAAUCAAUACCUU